GUGUCAUAGCGGUGCACAUUUAGCAGUUAGCUCAAAGUCUGCAAAUAUAUUUUAUUUAUUGAGAAUACAAAGCUUUAAGAGUUCCUUAAAUACGCUACCCGGUGAAUUCGAAGCGAUUUUGGUCAUGUCGGCGAUGCUACGUUGUGGUUUUCUCCUGCUUAUUGCCGCGGUUCUCUUGUGCGCUCACAACACCUCGGCCAACAACUCGCGGCCGCCACGCAACAAUGACAUCAGCAACAUGGCCGACGCACUGCGAUAUUUACAGGACCUCGACGCUUACUAUGGCGAUCGGGCGCGUGCCAGAUUCGGCAAGCGCGCGCCUUUGGUACAAAUUUUGCGGCAACAUCUUCUUGAAAACCCAGAGCUGUUGCAAAACGCUGAGUAUAAGUCAUUGGACGAAGUAUAUUGAAUAAUUACCUGGAACUCUCGAAUUAAAAGCAACGGACAAAGAAUCAAAAAACAAAUGACUAACGCCGCCAACAACUGUAAACAAUAUGAGGGGAAAAUAACAGCACGAGGAUAAAUCAUAUCGUAACUCUUUUGUAAUUUUUUCAAAACUUUUGGAGCAAGUUUUCUGAAUUAUACUAUAUUGUGUAUGUAUUUUUGAACAUCUGCACGAGUUUUUGUUAAAUAAAAUAUUUACAAGUAUUAAAUAAAAAUAUACAAAUAUAUAUGCACUUUUAAAGUGAACAAAAGAAA